AUGGCGUACUCCACGGUGCAGAAAGUGGCGCUAGCCUCGGGGCUUGUCCUAGCCGUAUCGCUGCUGCUGCCCAAGGCCUUUUUGUCCCGCGGGAAGCGGCCGGAACCGCCGCCGGGCCCCGAAGGAAAAUUGGGCCGAUUUCCACCUAUGAUGCAUCACCACUCGGCACCCUCAGAUGGCCAGAUGCCUCAUUUCCAGAGGUCCCACCUUGCAGAGGCUUUUGCAAAGGCCAAAGGAGCAGGUGGAGGUGCUGGAGGAGGCGGUAGUGGAAGAGGACUGAUGGGCCAGAUCAUUCCAAUCUAUGGCUUUGGGAUUUUUUUAUACAUACUGUACAUUCUGUUUAAGCUUUCAAAGGGGAAAACUGCAGAGGAUCGGAAUUGCUCCACUGCCCCACCUGGGAACACCCACAGGAAGAUAACCAACUUUGAGCUUGUUCAACUGCAAGAAAAACUAAAAGAGACAGAAGAAGCCAUGGAAAAAUUAAUCAAUAGAGUGGGACCUAAUGGCGAGAGCAGAGUACAGACUGUGACAUCUGACCAAGAGAAACAAUUAUUGCAUCAGCUCCGAGAAAUCACCAGGGUCAUGAAAGAAGGCAAGUUCAUUGACACAUCUACUCCAGAGAAGGAAGCUGAGGAAGCCCCUUACAUGGAGGACUGGGAAGGUUACCCUGAAGAGACUUAUCCAGUGUAUGACCUUUCUGAUGGUAUCACGCAUAGGCAAGAAACAAUCCUGGUGGAUUACCCUGAUCCAAAAGAGCCCUCUGCUGAAGAAAUAGCUGAACGAAUAGGAGCCAUGGAAGAGGAAGGGUCGGAGCAUUUGAACUGGGAUCAUUUGCCCACUGACUCUGGAGCCCAGAAAGAUAAUUCUGUUACCCUGUGUGAUCCUAACCCAGAAUCUUGCUCCUGCUGUUUUCAUGAAGAGGAGGAUCCUGCUGUCUUGGCAGAGAAUGCUGGUUUCAGUGCAGAUGGCUACAGUGAGCAAGAGGAAGCCACCAAGGAAGACUGGCCCCAAGACUUUACAAAUGAAGGGUUGGGGGUCAGCACUGAUAACACACACAUGGGUGGCCUAUUGAGGAAGCGCACCCCCCAGAGUUUAGAGUGA